CCGCCGCGGGGAGCUGUUGCAGCUGGUCGCUUCGGCUCGGUGGGACUUUGCCUCGCCGUACGCGCCGAGCCCCCGGGAGGGCUGUCCGGGGAUGCCACUCGGCCGCUUUCCACGAGGAGCUUCAGCCGCCCCUCCUGCCGCCCGGAUGGGACCGCCCGAGCGCUUCUCCAGUGAAUAUUGACUUGCUGAGGAAUUUGGGAAAAGACCAGCCGAAGUUCUCAUUCCAUGGAUCCCUUGGGUGCCCCUUCCCAGUUUGUGGAUGUGGAUACGCUGCCAAGCUGGGGUGACUCGUGUGAAGAUGAAGUAACCGCUUCCGAUACUGCAGCUGAGACGUUUCAGAAAGACGCGAUUAGAUCACCGUUUCUUUAUAAUAAGGACAUCAAUGGAAAAGUGGUUCUUUGGAAGGGGGACGUGGCGUUGCUGAACUGCACGGCCAUCGUCAACACCAGUAACGAAAGUCUGACGGAUAAGAAUCCUGUGUCGGAAAGCGUCUUCAUGCUCGCGGGGCCCGAUUUGAAGGAGGACCUGCAGAAGCUUAAAGGUUGCCGGACAGGUGAAGCCAAACUGACCAAAGGAUUUCAUCUGGCCGCCCGGUUCAUCAUCCACACGGUGGGGCCCAAGUACAAAAGCCGCUACCGCACGGCCGCCGAGAGCUCCCUGUAUAGCUGCUACAGAAACGUGCUGCAGUUGGCUAAAGAGCAGUCUAUGUCUUCUGUUGGGUUCUGUGUCAUUAAUUCUGCAAAACGCGGGUAUCCUCUAGAGGAUGCUACACACAUAGCACUGCGCACCGUAAGGAGAUUCCUAGAGAUUCAUGGAGAGACCAUUGAAAAAGUAGUAUUUGCUGUCUCUGAACUUGAAGAGGCUACUUACCAAAAGCUGCUCCCUCUGUACUUCCCGAGGUCACUAAGGGAGGAGAGUCGGUCCCUGCCCUACCUGCCAGCCGACAUCGGGAACGCGGACGGGGAGCCUGUGGUGCCCGAACGGCAGAUCCGAAUAAGUGAGAAGCCUGGCGCCCCGGAGGACGACCAGGAAGAGGAGGACGAAGGCUUGGGAGUUGAUCUCUCUUUCAUUGGCUCCCACGCUUUUGCUCGGAUGGAAGGAGAUAUUGACAAGCAAAGGAGACUGAUCCUACAGGGACAGUUGUCGGAGGCAGCCCUGCAGAAGCAGCAUCAGAGAAAUUAUAAUCGUUGGUUAUGUCAAGCAAGAUCUGAGGAUCUCUCUGACAUUGCUUCUCUAAAAGCCUUAUACCAAACAGGUGUCGAUCACUGUGGCCGCACGGUGAUGGUGGUAGUCGGAAGAAACAUUCCCGUGACGUUAAUAGAUAUGGACAAGGCGCUCUUAUAUUUCAUCCACGUAAUGGACCACAUUGCUGUGAAGGAGUAUGUAUUAGUGUAUUUUCACACACUGACCAGCGAGUACAAUCACCUGGACUCUGACUUCCUGAAGAAACUCUACGACGUGGUUGAUGUCAAGUACAAGAGGAAUUUGAAGGCUGUUUAUUUUGUUCAUCCAACAUUUCGUUCCAAGCCGAAAACCCACGUUCCCUCACUUCAGCCACUCUCGUCAGCACUUGUCCAUCAUUCUGCUUCCUUAGCUCCUUCGACCGCACUUGUCCAUCAUUCUGCUUCCUUAGCUCCUUGCGUGUGGGUUGCUGAGCACAGAGCCGUGUGAGGUUGGGCUGCUCAGCAGCCUCCCGGGGCUUGCGUGGCCAGGGCCUUUGACAUUUCACUUGACAGUGGCCCACCCAGCGUGGCCAUCUGCUCUCCUCAAGCCCUGUCCUGCCAGCAGCUCCUCACUCCAACGUCUGGCCUUGCCUCGCUCUUAACCCAGAACACAGAACACGUCCGUAAGCGCUCCAGUCCCUCUGCCUGGGCUCCGGAUCCACAGUAAUAACAGCAGCUGAUGCUUUCGAAGCACUCGCUCGGUGCCAGUCCUGCCCGUGCAUUAGCCUUUAAGUCUCACGAUAAACCCGUGAAGUAGAUGUAGUAGUGUUCCUACUUUAGAGGCAUGGAAAUCGGCGCUUAGAGAGAUUAAAUAACGCUUCCCGGUGAGCCGCUAACACGUAGCAAAGACUGGGUUUGAAUCUAGGCACUUCGGGGCUUACCCGUAACGGCGCAGUGUGUUCGCAUCUCCUCGGGAACCUCUCCCCGCUAAUCCUCUCCCGUUUUCCUAGAUCUAACUCUAGUUUAACCAUGCUAAAGCCUCCACUUACCUCUCUCCCCUUUACAACCAGAAUUUGCCUCCGUUUUUUCAUACACUUUAAAUUACGCCAACCUGGUGCAGAUCCCUCUAUGGCAACCGAAGCUGCUUGCCCCCGAAUUACUGGUAAUCUCUGUUUCUAAAGGCAGCAGACACUUUUCCGUCUUUAUCUUACCUGUUUCCCUAUAGUCUCAAACACAGCCGAUCACUUCUUCCUCAAAACGCUUUGCCUUGGCUUCUCUGAAACGUAACCUUGCCUAGUUUUUCUCCUCCUUCUAGCCACUCGUUCUCAGUCUCCUUUGCUGUCUCCUCUCUCCUUACUCAUUCUUUGAAUGUUACUGUUCCCGGGUCCUCUGCCCUCAUCUUUCAUUCUGUACCUUUUUGCGUUCCUGUGUCUUCGGCGUGCAGUUCCCAGAUACACAUCUGGGGAAGCAGUGAAGCCUGCUGUUUGAAAGCAGGGCUUCAGGAGUCAGGUCUAUAGCUUCUGCUUCCAGCUCUUCCAGUUACCAACUUAUCAUCUCAGGCAAGUUCUGUAACCUCUCUGUGCUUUAAUUUCAUCUUCUAUAGAAUGGGAAUGAUGAUAGUACCUACCCUGGUUGUGUUGUUGGAAGGACCCAGUUAGUUUAUACACGUAAAAUGCUUAAAACAUUACCGGGCACAUGUUAGACACUCAGUAACAUUCGCCGCCGUCGUCGUCAGUCCUGUACUUAGACCUCCGUGUUGAACUGCUGAUUAGAUGUCAUCGCUUAGCCGUCUCACCCCUGCGGGUCAGCAUUGUAGAGACAAAACUACUCGUGUCCUCCUGUCUCGCGCACUCCCACACUGCGUUUCGUAUUCCGUAUCUUAGUAAGUGGGACCACCGCCUACCCAGAGGCCAAAGCCAGAAACCAGAAAGCAUUCUCGGGUACUUUCCUGACCUCACCGCUCCCCAGAUCGCAUCGUUUCCGUGUGCUCGCUGUUGCCUGGAUCCGUGCCUGCAUCUUUCGUCCCACCGCAUCCACUUUAGUUCAUCCCCCAUCAUCUUUCACCUGAAAGGGUGCAGCCGCCUCCUCAUCGAUGUCCGUGCUGCCCUCCCUUUAGGAUAGCACUGUGCCAAGUGCCUUCGGGCCUUCCUAGUGAAUUUUUCUCACAACGUUAAUAUAAGAAGCCUCAAGUAUUUAUUAUAGGGUCCUUUGCAAAAGCUUAUCAAGACUGGCUUUAGGCCAAAAAAAAAAAAAAAUCUGAGUAUAUCAGUGGGGUUUGGAGAAAAGAUGACUUAUUUGGGCAUAAAAAUCCAGGACUUCAUGAUUUAUUGGAUGAGUAGGAGUGAGAGAAAGGACUGUCAUCUCCAUCCCUGGUGUCAUCAGAUGUGGGGCUCAUGGAUCGAGACAUAAAUGUGAGAGUCACCAUCAAGUAAACAGAGCUUUAACUCCUCAAAUGUGCCGGUGAAUAAAAUCACAGAGAGAGUUAGAGCAGAGAGGACAACUA